AUGUCGUCUGGAAAGCAACUCGUCCGAGGCAAGAGUGGCAUGCGAAUGAUUGCCGUUUCUGAAAGUGAACGUUGUCCUUUUUUGCUAGAAGAACCUCACUGGACCGACGACACGCAGGUAUAGUUUUUUCUUCAUUUCUCUUUGAUCAUUUUUUGGCAGCUGCCAGUCGAAGGUCGUCGCAGUACUGAACUGUCGCAUCAAACGAUGCGUUUGUGUUGUCAGUACGUUGUUAAUUGUUUGCUUGAUAAAGAGGUGGUCUUAUUGAAAAGUUGUUCAAAUUUUAUAGGUGCUUGCAAGGGCAGGGCUAAGAUUUGUUGCAAAAUGUAUAUUGGCUUGAUGGCCGUAGGUUAAUACUGAAAUUUAUUUUGUUUCACUAGAUUCUCAAAUUUUAGUUAAAGUGCUCUAUUAAUGCAAUUUUGUUUUUGUGUUUCGUUUCGCAGUUUCCGAAUUGUGUGAAGUGCAAUCGGAAAUUUGACUUCACUCACCGAAGGGUAAUGUGUUUGUGUUGCUUAAAUUAGAUAUUGUUAAGUUUUAUGGACAGUCCUGUAUAAAUCUACCUUUGGGAAUGAAAUAUCUAUAGCAGUCAUGGGUUUGCCUUAAAGUGUAACUAACCCCCACCCCUCCCAAAUGUUAUUAACUGCUGGUGACUGCCGUAAAGUGCAAGUACCCUCCCAGAUGUUUCUCUCCUAAUAAUCAAAAUCUUGCACAUUGGUCCCCUUGACUUGUGCAAAAAAAUAUGAUUUAAUAUUAUUGUGAUGGAUAAAAUCCCUGCUAGGUCUCUUACAUCCCAUCACUGAGUAGGAGCUGGGUAUGACUUUGUUAUGACGUCAUCUAAGGAGACCAUUAAUUUUGCUGUGUACUCAUGAGCAUAUGGCCAGGAAGUUAGUUAAAGAAAAUUUUUUUCAUACAAGCUUGCCAUUUCCCCCUCCUCUUGAUACAUUCAGCAUAUGUAUCACCCCAGAAUUAUGGGAUUUUGUGGAGCCUAAUACCUCUUUGGGGAUUGUGUGUAUUGCUUCAGUGGAAAACAACACUGUUAUUUGGGAAAUAUUGAUUUCAGCUGUAUGAUUCCAACUGUAUGAUUCCAGCGUACACUUCAAGAGAAGUUUGUGUUGCUCGCAUGAAAAUGAUCUCCUUCAUGGAUGCCACAACAAACUUGGACCCAUUCUGCACAGUGCUUUAUGGUAAAGGCUUCAAGAACUGCCAAAUUUGAAACUUUGAAAAAAUCUCAACUGUAAGGGAAAAAUGCGAUAACAAAACAUUUCUGUACAAUAGUUAGAACGUUGAGGAGUUUUUUUUAGCGAAAAACAUUUUUUGGUGGUUAGUUGUGUUUAAUGUAGGUUCUGUUGUUGAUAUAAUAGAUUUAUUCCUUCAUUUGUAAUAAAUUAAUGAGCAGUGGUGUAAGGAUUCUACACAGCGCAUUUAUUACGUACACUAAGGCUCUUUGAGUAAAUACGAGGCUGAGGUUGACCUUGUUUUGAUACGAUCCUCAUUAAAGAAAUAAACAUUAUUUAAUUAUGGAAUUUAUGCUUGAAAAAUACUAGAUAGCACAAGAACAACAUGUUUUACAUGAGAAAGCAGAAAGGGUUGUAUCAAAACAAGGUCAGCUCCAGCCAUGAUUCCAUCUAAAACUGUGAAAUGGGUUAUUGAUUUAUGCUAUAGCAUCACUGUAGAAGAUGUGGCAAGAUAUUCUGUGGAUCAUGUUGUGAUCAUAAAGUUAUGUUACCCAGACUAAGUUUUGUAGAUCCAGUCAGAGUUUGUGAAGAGUGUUCGCACACAGCCAAACGUGAAGAAGAUUUCUUUGAAAAACAUUUGAAAACCCUUUGCAGUGGUAAGUACAUGUUCUACAUACCAUCUGCUGUAUACUAGAACCCUACCAUAUCACUGUUGUUAGACUGCCCUGUUGUUAGUUAGAAAUAAUAAGAAAUUAUGUGCAUUUAGUUGAAUCUUCAGCCUUCAUCAGCAGCGUGUGAUAAAAAUUUUCAAAAAGUUUAUGGUAAUGAUAAUUAUUUACAGUUUGCAAAAAGAAACCAGAUUUUAAGCUGAUUAACCCAUUCGUCCCUGAGCCGCCCGUAACUGCGUGUGUGGACUCACAUCCUUUCUACUGCUUGUGACGUCAUCAGUUUUGAUUGUCAAGGAUAACUUUGUCCACUAACUUGUGCGGAGUGAAGAGAUCUAUCUUUCAAACCAUACCAGAAUGAACACAAUUCAGAUGUCAAGGACACCAGAGAAAAAGGCAAAAAAAUCGUGUAACAUUGACCUGAAACUUUCCAUGAAAAUCUUGUUUCACUACCCACCUACCUUUCCUUUCAUCUAAUCCUAAGAUCCCAAAAGCUUUCCUAAAAACUUUUCGCAACAAAAUGAAGCAUACUAUAAUAAUGCCCAGCAAGAGGAAAAAAAGGCAAGAAAAGCCAAGAAAGAGGGCAGGAGAGAAAGUGAAAAGUUAGCCUGCGAGCAAGCUCUCCUAUUUGGGCAAGCGAAGCGAGCCUCGCGAGAAUGCGCGAGCAAGGGGCCGAGGAAAGGAGAGCUUUCAACGAUCUCUUAUAAAUUUUCAUUUCCACCCCGGAAACCCUGGGACUCCGCAAAGGGUGAAAACUGUCACUGCAAACAUGCCACAGAUUAGAAAAGUGACAACCGCCUGUCAAGUAAGUUUAGACAGCGGAGGGCACGCAGAAUUAUUUAUUUAUAAAUCGCUUUCGCAACAGCAUCAAGGCAAUGUUUUUAAUCACUGAUAUAUAUAUUUUUUUUCACGGGGACAUUGAACUUCAACGUGUCCGCUCAGAUAGGAACUCACUACUUUGAUUCUUGUUUCAUUUACUUUUGAAAAGUCGUCCAUACUGCAGUGUAGAAGACUACUCCCCAUCGCAGUCACCAACAAAAACGUCAUAUAUUUGUCCGUCUGGAACUGGAGAAUAACGUUUUUCUGCACUUGGUUCUCUUAAGGUUUACUCCAGCUGCUUCGAACUCUUUCUCUUUUCCCUAUUUAUGGUCAAACUACACAGCUACACUGUCAAGUACAUGUUUCUGAAUUUUUCUACCCAGCAGAAUUCAAUCGGGCGAAGAAACCGAUGUUGGAAGACAGCGCUUUAAUCAUUCUUCACUUUCACUCUCCCAGUUUUCAGAACUAAACAAGGCGCUUGACACAAAUGAAUACAACUGAUGAAGGGUUUUCAUUGUCCUUCCACAAGAACUACAAACUCGGUCCGACUUAUCCUCGGCACGCAAUAUUCUCUUUGCAAGAAUUACAUCAAACGAGCCUGUCUGCAUUGAGGGCUGAAACAAGUUCUCGGUACCAAUCUGAUCCCCCUGAGAAUCAAAUUUGACACACAGACGAAGCAGGUGCCAGCUUGGCCUGUUAUCAAUCAACUUUGAUCUCCGGAACGUCAUUUUUCAGCCAAUGGUAUUUCCCUUUGUCUGGGCAAAGUACAAAUAAAAAUUUGUAAGGGAUCGUUGUAUUAAAAAAGCUCUCCUUUCCUCUGCCCCUCGUGCCUUCGCCGCUCGCUCGCGCAUUCUCAUGAGACCUGUUUCACUCGCCCAAACUGGAGAGCUUGCUCGCAGGCUAGCGAAAAGUAAAAGUCAAGACUGCUGAGUCACUUUUAAACCCAAAAACUAUCUAGAAAUUUUACUUUCUGGGUAUGCCCGAACUUCGCAAGCUAAUAUUUUGCAUCUGGAUCAGAAGGCCGCGAAGUGUAUGACCUGUAAAUGGCUUUGUGGCAAAUAGCUCUUUAUAAGCAUGACAGUGACCAGAAAACUGCUCAACUAGCUUCGGCAAAAUCUCUGGGGGCAAAUGGGUUAAGUCUUGUCCUUUGGAGCUUAAUUGUUUGAACAGUAUUUUAUUCUAGUAAUCAGGGCUGUCACUAAGAUUUCAAGUUGCUGAGGACUUCUCCAUUCAAAAUUUUGGCAAUUAAAGGAGAUUGCAAUUUUCAGGAAUUAAAUUUUUGUCACUGAAUUUCUUUGGCUGCGUGAGCCAUUAUUGCCAUUUGCAUUAUUGCAAAAUAGUCAGGGGUGUUUGUGCUUGAUACAAUUUGCUUGUCUUUCUGAGAUGGAGUGUAAUAGUAUAGUUUUAGAAUUCUAAAAAUCUCAGGAAUGUUUUUCUCAUAAAUAUUGCAUUUAUAGGUGCUCAUUUUAUAGUGGAUAAUUCAGAGCCCUUGAAAUUCCUUUGCAAACUUGAACAACAUUUCCACAGGUAAAAAAAAUAAUAUCAUUAGAACAUAAUUUUAGAAUUCUCCCCAUUAUACUACUACAGGAGAAAUUUCUGCCAUUUGAUUGGCUUAGAGCAGUGGUAUUUCAGCUUAAUUUGAAAUACCUACAUGUGAAAAUUACAAACCUUUUGCGGGUAGUAGUAUAAACAAAUAAUAGCAGGAAUUGUACAUGAUAUUUGGCAUAAAUACCACUCUGAUAUUUCAAAAUUGUCUCAAAUUUCACUUGCCUAAUUACAUAUAACAAUUUUGAAAUAUCAGUUGUGGUAUUUAUACCAAAUAUCACUACAAAUCAUGCUAUUACCUAUACAAACUUUACAAACCUAGAAGGGCUUGAAAAUAUUUCCAUAGUUUCUCUAGACACCAACAAGCAGCCGUUACUUAAGCGCAAUCCCAAAGCUCACAGUUCUCGUCCAGCACACACUUAUUUAUAGUCAUAAUAUUUUUCAUCAGUACCUACAGUGUAUUUCCAACCUCAACAGCAAUCAGCUUUACUUUCCUGGCCCACAUAGGAUGCCUGGCAGAUGGAUUUUCAAUUGCACAUUUUACAGUCUUUGAGCUCAAAUUUUACUGCACAGGAAACAUUAGAAACCUCGCUCUGUAUAUCCUGUGAAUCAAUGUCACAGAUGGGCUUUCAUAGCUCGGUGCGUUUGCAAGUCACUUUUUUGGCUUGCCCAGUGAAAAUUAAUACCAGCUCUUGGAGUUUGGCUAGUGGCUUUUCACUCCCUGAACUUGGGGUUUCUCUGUUAGGUGGCAGAUAAUUCAGUGAAGUGUUUCCCUUCACUUUUUACCAGAGAGUUGCUGUUUGAAUGCUCUGACCACAACAAAACAGCAGUUCAUGAACCUGUAAUACUGGAAAAAAUUGUCUCUGCUCAGCUUGUCUCAAGUGAAGGUACAUUAAAUUACUUUCUUGGCUUCUACAUUGUUUUCAGUCAAUAUUAUAGUAUUAUUUUUUAUACAUGUUACUUCUUUUACUGUGGCGUUAGGGGUACCUAACACUGCAAUACCAUACAAAAUAUUGGCAAAUACCAAAAUACUACAUCGAGAAUCAACAAAAUACCUAUACCACAUUAAUCAUCUGCCACGCUUGCUUAAAGUUUCAUCCAUCUAGCAUAAUGACCUCGCCAACACCUUGAGCAACCUUUGCCAUGGCGAGAAAUUGUUGGAAGACCUCGAAUGACCGUUACAAAGAUCAGAAAGCAUGGUCAUUGUAUGCAACAACAAUCACAUUGUAGAUUAACUGCCAAAAAUUGUGUAAUCAUUUACUAUACUUACUGUGUAUUGGACAGGGGAGCACCAGGGGGGAGCACAAAUGAAUGGUGCCACAAUACCAUGAAGGAUCUUCUUUUACAAAAUACUGUCAGCCAAAAGGAUGAAAAACUGCAUACUGUUAGGGCCAGAUAAUACCUGAUAAUCACACACUAAAAUUUAUAUUACUGAAAUACUUCUUGAAAGAAACCUCAGUACUGUAAUACCAUAGACACUAAUGUCCUCCUACAUGAGCUUUGAACUUUUUUGAAUAGAUGGUUCUUCUGUGAGUGGCCUGAUAUUGAAGUACAAAGAACAAGAGGAGAUGCUGGAAGUCAAACUCACUGUGGUGUCAUCACCUGACACAGAGAGGAAACAAGCUCUGACCUGGCUUGUAGCUAUGCAAAAAGUAAGUACUUACAACAGUCAUUAAAAUUACUUCUGUCUGGGUACUUUUUCCCCUUUGUGGCAUACAGUGUAAGUGAGGUUAAGAUGCUAUGAGGGCGAUGGCAAUGAGAACAUCAAAAAAGCAAUGCUAAUUGAAUAGGCAGGUUUUUUUUGUGUUUUUCAGUUGUUUUUUGUGGAGUAAGGGAUACAGCUGCAUGAAAGCUGAACUAAGGUCAAAGGAGAAAUCAAUGGGGGCGUUCCAUGCAGUUGUAUCUUUGACUUUAUGAAACACAGACACACACACACACACACACACACAAAAUACACAAAAAGAAAAACAGCCUGCCAAGCAGGCUAACCCACAUGUGGUAUUGGCUUUGGGAUUGCAACCCGGGCCACGUUGGUGAGAGGUGAGUGCUCUCACUGCACCAUCCCUGCUCUGUUAUAACAAAACCUGCGGCUUAAAAUGUCUAAAUAAAACUCUGGAAAACAGUCAAAACAAUAGCCUGUACCACAGUGGAUUAUACCUACAGUGGAACACCGAAAACGCGAACUCGGAUGACUUGAACUCCCCACUAACUCGAACAAAGUCCCAUUUCCCUUGGAUUUUACCCCACUUUUCAGUCAUUUUUACAUGGUCAACUUGAACUCGGAUAACUUGAAUUCCCUACUAACUUGAACUAAAUUUCCUUUCCCUUGAUCAAAAAGUCACUGAAAAUUACCCCCAAUAACUCGAGUUCUGGUUUUUGUUACUCUACCUGGAUGCCAUUCCAUUAGCUGUUCUUGUUGUAUAGUCAGUAAAAACACUAAAUCUGAUACUGGUUAACACUUACAGCAAUUUGAUUUUAAUUGGUGCAAUGAACAGUUCGUAUUUUAUGAUAAAAAUGCCUUAUCGUGUUACCGUUUCUAAUAAAAUAAGUUAAACUUGAACUGCAGUAGCACUAUACCUUGCCAAAAAUGCUGAAAAAUCAGUAAUUGUUAGUUUUAACACUGAAAAUUGAAUUUUGCCAUUGACCCCGAUAACUCAAACCCUUGCUAACUGGAACCAUUUUUCAUUUCCCUUCAGAGUUUGAGUUAUUAGGGUUCUAUUGUGUACCCCUGGUUAAGUCUGUCUGCGGGCCAGUGCCAAAAUCCUUGUUCCGGGCCCCAACUUAAGUGCCCACCAUGAUUGGCCUGUUAAAAUGCUCUUGUCAAUUUGCCAAUCAGAUUAAAGGGAAAUUCAAAUUGCACUUCCCAUAAUUUUGGUUGAGUCUAUUUGGAGGUUCAUAACAAGCAUCGCGGCGCUUCCUUGCAGAUAUUAUUAACUGGGGUUAGAUGGCUAUCAAAAUAAAAGAGUGACUGAUGCAUUGUGCACAUAAAAUUCUCCACUUUUGUAUCCUAGGCAAUAAAGAUGCUGUUUGAGGUGGGCAGCUAGAUCAGUAAAGCCACUGAGGGAAGAUGCAGAGAAUAUAACCUUUAUAUGAUGGGGCUUAUGCGUGGUGAUUGCCUUCGCAAACAAUUAAAAUUCUGUCAUCAGAGUUUAAAAUCUCUAAAAUGCUUUCUAAUAGUCAUGAUCAGGACAUUUGUGCUGAACUAAGGCAUGAUAUUGUAUCAUCAUAUGACUCAAGUAUGAUCACUAACACAAUAGUGGACAAUACAAAGUCGCUACCGAAAUAAAAAUUUGAGAUGAUAAUUGAAAAUUUCAACUUUUGUUUAUGAAAUUAAGAAACAAGGUCUCUCGGGAGUUUUUUUGCUAUAGAUGAAAAAACAAAACAAAAAAAAAAAGUCGACAAAGAGCAACUUUCCUAUUACAGCAUGAAUUCACACUGUCCCGCAACAGUGUCAUAAUCUGAAAUGCUCAAAUCAGGGCUGCUGAAGGCCAUUCAGAUUAAAGAAUGUAUUGUUGUUAUAAUACAAUAAGUCUAGUAAUUAUCACCCUUUUACUUAUAGAGUUGUAUAUAAUGGAGAUUUAUAAGACUUUUCUGUCGGUGGAUGAAAUCCUAUGGUCGAUGUCACCAUUCAAAAUAAACCUUCUUGGCUCCUCUUUUGCAUGGUGCUAUCUGUUUUUGGUAUGUAACAAAAUGGAAUAGUUUUUUUUCUAAAAGUUCAAGCUCUCUUGAUAGUGAAAGGGUUAAAUAAACAAUUAGUAGCAAAAUUAUAGCUUCUUGCUUAUCCAUAAGCUCAAAGUUGUUGAGAUUUUUGAGCAAAUACAUGUAGAUUACAGAAAAUUCGUUUGAAAAAAAGAGGAGCAUUUUGUCAGGAAGAAAAAUACAUUUAAUAGUUUAAUAUAUACUUUUUCAAGAAUUAACCACAUAGUGAAUAAGAUUUGCUGCUUAAGUAAUAGCAAUGUUUUCAGGUGAAACUCCUUUUCCAAGAAGAAUAAUUUCUAGGUGUUUCUGCCCUUGUAGGAUAAUGUACGGCUAGAAAUAAAACUUGUAAGUAGCAACUUGAUUACGAAGUUUUUGUUAUCCUUCCGUAUGAUUUUAAGUCUGGAUUAUAAUAAAAUUCGAGCAAUUUCU